GGAGGGGUUUAGGAAAAAAAAAAAAAAAAGAAACAAUUUAAAGAGGCGACCCUGUGACAGGCAGACAGAAUGACGCUCCAGUGACCUCGGGACUUCUGCUAUUUUACUCACUUGUUGCAGUAAGCGUCAGGGAUGGGUAUCGGGGAGGAAUCGGCACCAAGUUGGUACCAGUUCCUCAUUUAACAGUAUCCAAUGAUGGAUACGCACUGCUAGGGGUGAAAGUCUGCGGCAUCUUGCUGCCUUGCGUCCUCAAAUCAUGACUUUUACUCUCGAGAUAAUUUGGAACAAAUGCCAGCCUUAAUGUAAAACAGUUUCCAAAACUUUUUUGAGGGAUGGCACAUAUUUUACUUGAGAGAAAUCCCACAGCACACCACCGAAAGAAAUGUCAGAAACCAGAUAAUUCGCAGAUAAUUUGCGGUUUCUAUUUACUCACACUUUACUUAAUCUGCCUGAAUCAGUUCAGUGGAACACCAUGCUGAUAUACUCACAGGAAUUGAAGAAAGACACACAGAAAGAUCUGAUCUUAUUGACAAGCUCUGAAAGGCUCUCAUUUCACUCAGUAGUUCAGUCAUCUGCUGCCACCUAGUGGAAGAGUAUUCAUCUGUCUGACUUAAAAAAAAAUGAUAUUGGAUCAUUUUCCAUGGCUAACCUGAUGCUGUCUCGCAGCACACUAGUCUUCAGACUGGGAAUCCCUGAUAUAAAAGAACAGCCUUUAGAGUAACUUGUCUGCCCCCUGGUGGGAAAGUCACAAGCAAGAGUAGAUGAAAAACUAGUAUCAUACCAUCAGUGAAUGUCAGUGUUGAUCAAACCUCCACGAUAUCCAUACCUCUGAACGGUACGAAGAGCGCCUUUCCUUCUCCGUGACGACUCUCUGGUAAAAAACAAAACAAAAAACAACUGCCUUUCGUAGACAGUGCCGCCUUUUGGUGAUUUCACUUGUGUCUAAAAGCCUUCUUAAAAAAGCCAGAUUGAAAGUAUAUUUGUACAUUUUAAAUGACGUAAUGCACACCACUUAUUUUUGCUAACAGAAAACAAAUGUAGUAUAAUAUUAUUAAAAAAUAAGAAAUAUAUCGUAUGUUUAUGAAAAACAGUAAUAACCAACAUUAAUUAUUAUUGCAAUAGACUGUUGACUUGUUUACGCGAUGUUUGUGUACGAACUGUGUCAGGUUGUGGAAGCUCGUGACUAAUGUUUGGUCUGUUAUACUGUUAUCCAUCAAGACGUGGACUUUUAACGCCACCUGCUGUCAUGUUUGGAGAAAAGUUGAAAACGAUUUUCUACACUUAGUUGUUUGAACAGUUCAGCAUUCGAGACAGAAAGACUUGAGAGAAAAAAAGUGAUUCAUCGUGAUUUAAGAAAAGUGGUCACGCGUUGACCGACCUGACCAGCUGUUAGCGCCCCCUGCUGCUAGAAGCGACAUGUCAAAAACGAAACACACUGUUAAUAAAAACUGAAUUUCAUCUAAAAUAUCUACAGCGUUUGAAAUCAUUUCAGUUUAGUUUUACUACAGUGACACAAACUGACCACAGGAGGCAGCAGUUGAUCAGUAACCUCUGUGUCUGUUUUUGGUUUGUGCGCUAAAAUCAUUUUUUCUCUGAUUUCUCUGUAGACUUUUGUCCCCAAGAGAGUAAGUCACUUUUGCUUUAGGUCUUAAAUCCCUCCUGAAAUUAUUUUGUCGAUUUUUGUUUGUUUGUUUGUUUUGAUGCAACUGAACUGAACACAGGUUUACAUGUGUGUUUAAUGUUGUGUACAUCAGCUCCAGCUAGUUCUCAUAACAAAUGGGAAGAUAUCUGCAGCACACGCAGAGGGGAAUCGGAGAGGUUUCUGCCUCUUGUUGAACUUUUUCGGACAGAAAUAAGAUGAGAUCCAAAUGACCUUUGACCUUCUGCUCUGCGCCGUAGUAACAGUACUGGCAUUUAUUUUUUAAAUUCAAAAGCCAAGUUGACUUUGAGAAUUACACUAAAGAUGAAUGUGGGUUUGAUUCCCUCUGCAGCAGAGUGACAGAAGAAAGAAACAGCCCAGACAGUGCCUUUUCCUCUGGAGCGUGACGUUAAACUGAGAGGUGUGUCAAUGAGAGCAAAAGCUGUGGCCGAACUGUUGUGAGUUCAGAUCAUGGAUGGAACAACUCCAGUUCUGAGGAUGUGGAUCUGUUCAUACAGGACGCCACUGAAGGAAGAAAGAAGAAAAACACGACACAACGCUGCGUCAUAUAAAUGACCAUGGAUUCUGACAGUUCUCUGGACGUGGUGAACUCUGCCCUGUACAGGUACAAGAAGACAAACUUUCUGUUUAAGGACCCAAUGAGACCCAAGGACCUGGAUGCUCUCCUGGACCUGGAACUGCGUCCAACUGACGUCUUCCUGGUCACGUAUCCAAAAUCAGGUUCGGUGUGGAUGCAGCAGAUCCUGGUCCAGAUCAUGGACAUUGUUCACCCUGAACAGGCAGAAGAUCUGAUCAACAGGAACCGUGUUCCUUGGGUGGAAGACAGGCUUUUUGAUGAGCCCUUCCGAGAUCGUCCUGAUCCUCGGUACUUUGGCUCCCACCUUCCGGUGGACAUGUUGCCGCGUGAUGUGAAAAACAAGAAUCUGAAGGUCGUGUAUGUUUGGAGGAACCCCAGAGACGUCCUGGUCUCCCUGUAUCACUUCUCCGAGGCCUGGGUCUUUCUGGAAUCACCAAAGAGUUUUGAGGAUUUCUUCCAGGACUUUCUGAACGGUGAUGUGUACAUGGGCUCAUGGUUCGAUCAUGUGAGAGGAUAUCAGGCAGAACGCGACCGACUCCAGAUCCACUUCAUGAAGUUUGAAGACAUGUUGAAGGACCUGAGAGGAGAGGUGGAGAAACUGUGUCUGUUCCUGGGACAGUCUUUAACAGAGGAGCAGAUGGACAGAGUGGUGGAGACCUCCACCUUCAACAACAUGAAGGUCAACCCUAAGGCCAACUACAAGGAUCUGGUGGAGAAGGAACGCUACUCCAAGAACACCAUGCGCAAAGGUGUAGCAGGCGACUGGAAGAAUCACUUCACAGUCGCUCAGAAUGAACGCUUCGAUCAGGUUUUCAAGGAGAAGAUGAGAGACGUCUCUCUAAGCUGCAGCUGGGAGUAGAAUCAACCAGUCUGAUCAAUCAACCAGUCUGAUCAAUCAGUCUGAUCAAUCAAUCGAAUCAAUCAAUAAAUCAAUUAAAAUGAAUAAAGGUUUUUUCCCUCACAUCUUAAAAA